CAAACCUCGGACAGCCCAAACCGUGAUCCGACCUGCUGCUCCGACCGUGCUCGAACAGGGCUCAGCGGCGGCGGGAGGUAGGAUUUUCCCAACCUUGUUCCGACCCCUCCUCUUCCGUAGUCAUACACGGACGCUCGUCGACAGCAAGACAGGGCAGCCGCACACCGGAGCGUUCAGCCGGCGUAUCGCAUGUCCGCGAGCGAGCAGCCGAUCCCGGCAAAGCCGCGCCUCUCGUGGCGGGGCGUGAGCAUGCUCAUGGUGUCUGACAUCGUCGGCACAUCCGUCCUCACCUUCCCUGCCGUCGCCGCCGAGCUCGGGUACGCGCUGACGGUCCUCCUCAUCGUCGGCCUCUUCCCGGUGACCGUGUACGUCAGUGUCCUCAUGGCGCGAACACACGUCCGCGUACGCGGCAUCGACAGCCUCGGGAGCGCUGCGCGGCGCAUCUUUGGGCCGCGGUACGCCGGCGGCACCUUCGCGGUCGUGUACGGCUACACGCUCCUCGGCAACGCCUCCUACCUCCUCGUCCUCGGCACCUCCCUGCAGGGCGUCUUUUACGACGCGCGCCUGUGCCUCGCCGCCGCGUCUGGGCUCGGCGCGCUCCUGCUCGCGCCUCUCGUCGUCGGCCUGCGGCGGCUCGGCGACUCGGUCGCCCUCUGCUUCUUCAACCUGCUGCUCGUGCUGCUCUGCGUCGGGGUCGCGUUUGGCGAGCUCGCCGCGCGAGGACGGCCGCCUUGCGUCGAGACGCACGCGGUGGCGCAGGGCCUGGACUUCACCGCAGUGUUUGGCGGCGCGACCAACCUCGUGUACGCCUACGCGGGGCAGUGGAUGUACUUCGAGAUGAUGACGGAGAUGGAGGCGCCGGCGGACUUCCCAAAGGC